UAAAAAUAUGUGAAAAAAAUAAGGAUGCAUAUAAUAAGAACACAUUAAUGAAAAAAAAAAGUAGUAAUUCACAUAUAAAGGAAUCUAUACAGGAAGACAAAAAAAAACAAAACAAAACAAAUAACAAUAGCAAAAAAAAAAAUAAUAUUAAUAUUGACAAUCAUUUUGAUCAACACAAAAAUAUCCAAAAAAAAUUAACAAAACAAAAAAAAAGUCUUAUCGAGCCACAAAAACUUCUAGCUGCUAUUGAGAAAUUUAAAAAUCAUAAAAAAAGUUUACAACUAGACAAUAAUAUAAAUGAAAAUGAUAUACUAAGGAAUGAAAAUAAAAAUAAGAUGCUUUCUAAACAAAAUUAUUUAUGUAAUGUUAUUAAUAGUGAUGAUGAUACAAGUGAAAAUAUGUUCGUAUACGCUACCAAAUAA